GGUCAGCAUUUGCUCACCAUUAAGUCACGUUAAGUAACAUUUUGUUGCAAUUCCAGUAUUUGAGCCAGUCGUCAAGUCACGUAAAUCGGAGUAUAUUGAAACCCUCUUGAGUGUACACGACGAUUUAUGAAAACAUAUCUUUAGGGAGAAUCGAUUGGUCCAAAUCAAGAUGUUCCACACAUGUGGACCCAAUGAAGCCAUGGUGGUGUCUGGCUUUGGUCGUUCCCCUCCUCUAAUGAUCGCUGGAGGAAGAGUGUUUGUCCUCCCCUGUAUUCAACAGAUCCAGAGGAUCACUCUGAACACCCUGACUCUGAAUGUGAAGAGUGAUAAGGUGUACACCCGUCAUGGAGUGCCCAUCUCUGUCACGGGCAUCGCCCAGGUGAAGAUCCAGGGUCAGAACAAGGAGAUGCUGGCCACGGCCUGUCAGAUGUUCAUGGGAAAGUCUGAGGCUGAGGUCUCCAACAUCGCCCUGGAAACACUGGAGGGGCACCAGAGGGCCAUCAUCGCCCAUCUGACUGUUGAGGAGAUCUACCAGGACCGUAAGAAGUUUUCUGAGCAGGUGUUCAAGGUGGCCUCCUCUGACCUGGUCAACAUGGGCAUCGGCGUGGUCAGCUACACGCUCAAAGACGUUCACGACGACCAGGAUUACCUCAACUCCCUGGGUAAAGCUAGGACAGCUCAGGUGCAGAAAGAUGCCAGGAUCGGAGAGGCUCAGUACAAACGAGACGCGGUGAUCCGUGAGGCCCAGGCCAUGCAGGAGAAGGUGUCGGCCCAGUAUCUGAAUGAGAUUGAGAUGGCCAAAGCCCAGAGAGACUACGAGCUGAAGAAGGCCUCCUACGACUACGAGGUCAACACCAAGAAGGCAGAGUCUGAGAUGGCCUAUCAGCUGCAGGUGGCGAAGACGAAGCAGCGGAUUGAGGAGGAGACGAUGCAGGUGAAGGUGGUGGAGAGGUCUCAGCAGAUCAUGCUGCAGGAGCAGGAGAUCACCCGCAAGGAGAUGGAGCUGGAGGCCACGGUGAAGAAGCCUGCUGAGGCAGAGAGAUACCGUCUGGAGAGACUGGCUGAGGCGGAACGUGCACAGCUCAUCAUGGAAGCUGAGGCAGAGGCAGAGUCCAUCAGAAUGAGGGGCGAUGCUGAGGCGUUUGCUCUGGAGGCUAAGGGUCGUGCCGAGGCAGAGCAGAUGGCUAAGAAGGCUGAGGCCUUUAAACAGUACGGGGAGGGAGCCAUGGUGGACAUGCUGCUGGAGAAACUACCACUGAUAGCAGAGGAGAUCAGCAGGCCCCUCUCCAAGGCCCAGAAGGUUACCAUGGUUUCCAGCGGCGGCGGUGAGGUGGGCGCUGCCAAGCUGACCGGAGAGGUUCUGGACAUCAUGACCAGACUACCAGCUGCUGUGGAGAAACUCACUGGAAUCAACAUCUCACAGGUUGGCCUGUCCACCCGAAUGGGCUGAGAAUGGAGCCCAGUGACUGAGACAGCCUGCACCGUCAGACCAGGAACUCCAUACUGCCUCCUUGUGCCUAUAAUUACUAUUACCUAGUGUAGUUGUCUGUCUAUGUCUGCAUGCCUGUCUGCAUGCCUGUGUUAGCACGGUAGUCUUUCUUAGAGCAUGUGUCAUUGGCACUCAUUGGCACUGAUCUGGAAACAAAGGAUGGGUCAAAGCUGUAUGUUGUUGGCCUACUGUGGGAGUUUGUGUCUCCUGGUCAUUCAUAUCCCUGUUAGAUCAGCUUGGAUGAAGGAAAGGAAAGCACUUUGGGCUAGCAUGACACAGCCUUAGUAGUUCUGGUAGCAACGAGCCUCUUUUCCCCAUCCGUUAUUCAGUGUGUUUUAAUCACUGCUUCAAGCCUGCCUUUCUGUCUCCCUCUAUUACAGGUCUGGGUCCAUAUAAACUGUUCCACUGUCACAUAGUUGUGUUUUAGUUGUAAUUCAUAGAGUAUUAUUUCAUUGGGAUGUGGUUGAGAAAGGAUGUUUUCAUUCUCUUCAUUCUUUGUUGUUGAUAGGAAAUAAUCGUGUCAGUAUGAGGUUUGUCAGUUGAUUGUUUUGUCGACAUUUGCAGUUAUUCUAUAAGGUAGUCUGUCUUGUUCUGAGCAUGGUUGGCUAGCUAGUUGCUAUCAAUUGCUUUGCAAAUGAAGAAGAAAUGCUCUUUACUUUCACUGUGGACAUUUCUUCAUUUAUUUUUUAGCUAAUUGUAGUCCUGGUAGUCAUGUUAUUAAACAUGUUCUACCUGCUUAUGGAUUCUAGUACCUCUUGUCUACCAAUUUAUGGACAAAGUGGUUUCCCAUUAUGUGCUCCCCUGACAGUAGAUCCUAGAUCAGUCUACUGAUAUCUCUAGCCCUCUAGAAUGGCCAGUGCCUUGUGUUUUAAAGUCUUAAUUAAUCAUAUCAAUACAAGCCAUAUUACAGUAGAAGCCAAGUUGCAUGCAGAUAAUGCUGAUUUGUGAUCUUUUUGCCAUGACCCUGCCAUAUGUGUGGGAUGAAAUCACAAACUAUAUGAUGGGUUGGCACUAAACCUCUUCUCUCUGUUGGUACAAUACUGGCAUAGACACAAUCACUGGAGUACUGAAUUUGAUGGUACCUAAUCUAAUUUUCCAUAGCAAAAGAAAAACAAGGAACUACAGAUUCUCUGUUACUAAAGUGUUGUUUAUCCAACAGACAGGUUGUCAUGUACACCAUUAUGGCUUAGUUCCAGUGUGUUUCUAAACCCUAGACUUAUUAGACAGACAGGCCUUCGAUCAGAGCUUCUACUGUGCUACAACUGUAUAAAGGUGGAGAUUUUCUGUGAAGUGAUUGGAAGGAAGGAAGGAAGGAAGUGGGUGGGAGGAGGGAGGGAGCGGACUGGGGUUUUCCUGCUGAAGACUAACCUCCGAGGUCUCUUUAUCUAGGUCAGGUGUACUGUCAGUCACGUGGUGUCUGGUGGAUGUGCUGUUUGAGGUGAAGUUAUGUGUGUGGGAAUGGGGAAACUAGCCUGGGUGCCAGUCUGUUUCUGCUCUCUUGUCAACUCCUUAUCGAAUUGUCAAGCCAAACACGUUUCCCUUAAUGUCAAUGGAACAGGCAAAAGCACAACCAGACCUGGGACCAGGCUACAGACACUACUAUAGUGGAGUUCCAUGUAUGGUCCAGUGGGGUAGACAGGCACCUUCUGUAGACUGGAGUAGACCAUAUACAUUUUAAUCAGAUGUGUUGAUUAAUCAGGAGCUAUCCUUUUGUAUUGUAAUCUUAUCAUUAGACUGGUCUUAUUUUUCCAGAUUUUCUAUGUGGUGCUGAUCACAUCCCUGUUUGAUCCUUUUUGUAGUAUAAGGUUUGUUAGGGACUGGUUCUAUACCAUAGAAAUAUAAUCCUUCUGUGUUCUAUACCACCACUCAGGAUUCUAGAAGCUACUACUCUCUAGCUGAUUGUAAUUUCCCAAAGCUUACAUGCUCUCUGGCUGUCUAUGCAUUUUGUUACCGUCAAGUGCCUGACUAAGUUGAAAGAUUCCCAUUUUUCUCUCAACCUAAAGGCUAAA